AUGGGCGCCACCCCAUUCCAUCAUUCCAUCCUCGAAGUCCGGUUGUCAAAGCACUUUGACAAACCAACGGACAUGAGGUAUGACGGAACCCAAGAUCCGCUGGAGCACCUCACGACUUUCGAGGCCAAGAUGAACCUGGAGGGAGUAGGAGACGAAGUAAGGUGCCAAGCCUUCCCGGUCACCCUGGCGGGACCUGCGAUACGAUGGUUCAACGGCCUCCCGCAGGGCUCGGUGACCGGCUCUGAUAUUAGCCGUGCCUUCCUAGCACAAUUCACCACCAGAAUCGCGAAGGCAAAGCACCCGAUCAAUCUUCUCGGCGAGACUCAGAGGACCGGCGAGCCGACCAGGAAGUACCUAGAUCGGUUCAACGACGAGUGCUUGGAAAUCGAUGGGUUAACCGAUUCAGUGGCCAGUCUCUAUCUGACGAACAUGCUCCUUAAUAAGGACUUCCGAAAGCAUCUCACCACGAAGUCGGUCUGGACGAUGCAAGAGAUUCAAACUGUGGCCAAGGAGUAUAUCAACGAUGAAGAAGUCAGCCAGGUCGUAGCUGCCAACAAACGACAACCCUCCAACAACCAAAGCCGGUAA